ACAGCAGCACGUGGCACCGAAAAGGAGAUACACGGACAUUGCCGGUUGCCCGGUCAAACGGCGACGUUACUCGAUACUCGGCGCGGGUUGCUUGGACAAUUUUUUCAUUAAACUUUGACAUUUGCUUAAGACUAAUUGAACCAAGCGUCCAACGUUAUACAAACUCAUAACUCGCAGAUUAAAAAUUUAAAAAAAAACUUUUAUAAUAGUUUUGAAAUUUCGUACGUGCAUCAUCACUAUACUCUGCUAUGUGUCUAUACAGAUCUUUGAAAAAUUUUCAAAGGAAUUAAAAGUCAUCGCUCAUCAGGAGCGACCAUGAAAUCGGCACUGGAUCCUGCCAAAGCGACUGGCAACUUGUGGCCAAAGGUCGUUGGGCUCCUGGAAGAUGGAAAUAGGGUCAGGUGAAUCUACAUUGUCAGGGAGAUACGAGAGUGAUACCAGUUGGGAAACGGAGGAAUGGGCCCUUGGGCCUUUGGAGUCCCACUUGUCCUCGUAUCAGCUCUUGGCCUUCUGCUCAAUGCGUACGUCCUUCUCGUCGUGGGACUUACGAAGCAGACUCAACAACAACAGACUACAAAUACUGUCUUACUGAUACAUCUCGGUGCCGUGGAAGCUGCUGUUUGUCUGGUCUUACUUGUGUUUACCACGGGAGGUUGGAACGUGGCGGGGACGUCCUGCGUCCUUCAUGGUUUUCUACUUGCUUUACUCCACCCCGUUGCACUCUGGACCGUAACGGGUUUGAAUUGCGAUAGGUACUACGCCAUUGCUGCUCCUUUGCAUUACGCCGCCCUAGUCUCGCCAAGACGAGUGGCCGUAGGUCUGGCAGCUUCGUGGACUGGUGCCCUACUACUCUGCCUGCCACCGUUUUCCGGCCUGGUACCACCGUACGCUUAUAGUCCAGGUCUAGGUUGCUGUGCUCCCGACUUUGGAAACGGUGCCUGGGGCUCGGCCGCUGCUUGGUACGGGGCAGUUUAUGCCUUCCUCGGCCUCGGCCUCCCAGCCGUUCUCGUCACGGUAUGCAACCUUCGUGUCCUCGGCAUAGCACGCUAUCACCGUCAUCGGAUCGCCAGUGCCAUCUACGAGGUCACCCUAAGCGCACAAGUGACCAUCACGCAUCAACGUAACCCCUUCUCAUUCGUGCCGACCGUGACUGCACCCUCGGCUGGGGGACCACCACGUUUUCACAGUGCAGCCACUACGGUUAUGCAACUCGUUGGUUCUUUGUAUCUUCUGUAUUUUCCUUACUGUGGUAUGAUUGUCUGGGAAGCUUGUGGGGCUGGUAGUCAACCGCAUUUACAGGUUCAUCCAAAAUUUGCCUCAGUGGCGUCCCUCCUCCUUGCUUGCUCUCCUCCGGUUAAUGGACUUCUUUACGGAUUGAAGUCUCGAACCCUGAGAAGGUCCGUGCAGAAUUAUUGGAGAAAAAAGGCCACCAAGUCUGAGUUGCAGCAGGAAAUCCAGGCACGAACGCCCAGUGUAGCUGGCUCUCGACGUCCUUCGGGAAGUGGUGCUCCGUUCCUCCCGUUUCCUCCUCUCCAGAGGAGACUCAGCGAAGCACUCAUUUCCUUUGCUUCCUACAGAUCAGGGAACAAUUUUGAGAGUAGAAAUAUUAGAAACACUUUUUAUCGCAAUAGACUGCAGCCAGCCGCUUCGUGUAACACUUUGAGAGUUCCUACCAGUGAAUCAGGUGAAACCGGAAGACUCGUUAGGUCCAGUGCGAGUGCAGCGAGUCUCAUGGGCGCACAUUAUCAAAGCGAGGUUAACGGUGAAAACGCAACUACUAACUUUGAUACCAACCUUAGAUCAAAAUGCGAUGUAAAAUCUAGUGAAACUCCAAAAAGAAGUCCUCGUAUUUUAAUUACCAGAGCGUACAGUGAAGAAAGUCGAGGUGGCGGCAGUCCACUCUUACGGAAACCAUUCGGAUCCAAUGUCACGGCUGCUGCACCAUUUGAAAAGCGAAGAUGGAGGCAUCGAAGUACUGGAAGCGACAGUAGUACCGGAAGUAGCGAAGGUGGAAUCUGGACGACAGGAGUCGCACCAAAAAUCGCUAAGACUAAUGUCAGGAGCUCCACGGAAAUAUGGCCAAUGGGUCGGCGAUUUACCAAAGUCAAGACUCUCGAGGAAGGCGCGAUCUUCGCAGCUGUCAGACCGAAUAACAACAGUGAGAGCAGCGACACCACCGAUACAACGGCAACAACCGUUACUACCACCUCAACGCUCUUGACAAGGCCUCUACAGGAGGUAAGUGGACGUGUUUCAAAUUUUGAGAAUGCUUUUGAAAAAUUAUCGAACCCCUUCGAAUACCUUUUGCGAGUAGGAGAGACAAAAGGAGGAGAAUCUCGAUUCUCUGAGGGAAAUUGUGUCUGGCAUCAGAGUCAACCGAAAAUGCCGUACGAAUUUGACUUCGAGAGAAACCAUCACGAAAGACAGUCCUCGUGGAAGGUCUGCCGUGUUAUGGAAUCUUGGAGUUGCAGUACCGUCAUCUCCGGGAGGAAUAUAUCUCAUAGAAGAAAAAUUCGGUCUUCCUCAAGUAUGAGCGAAAAUUCCAUGAAAAAUUCCAUCUGCGGAAAACAGUGCUGUUGUUUGCGCUACGGGGUAACGAAACCUGAGUCACAAUAUCAGUCCUGGAGGUUUUGGCACGUGGUCAGGCGCGGUAGGAUCAAGGUGUCAGCCUUUGAAGAUGCUUCCAUCGAAAAGCGGCAAGUUCGAAAGAGAAUUUUCAUUCUGGUUAUGCUGGUCGCCGCUGUAUUGAUCCUUGCGACGAUCCUAGGCGUCACUCUCAGUGGAAGUAGUUCAAGUCUUCAAGAGACUGCCGAGGCCGAUUCUUUGAUUCCACCUGAUCCGCUGGAAGCUCCACCGCCAUCCUGGAGCCGAUUGAGACAGUUCAAACGAGGCGCAGUCUGUGCUGAUGGUGCUCCAUGUGCUCUUAUUGGCAAAUCGAUACUUGAUCGCAAUGGAUCAGCUGUGGAUGCUACGUUGGCCGCCAUGAUUUGCAAUGGUUUAAUAAAUAUGCAAAGCAUGGGAUUCGGAGGGGGAUUCCUAAUGACAAUUUACGAGCGUGCAGCACAGAAGGCCAUUGUUCUUAAUGCCAGGGAUUGUGCACCUCAGGCUGCCAGGACCAACAUGUACGAAAAGGAAGACAAGGAUGCUUCGAAAGUCGGUGCCCUGGCCAGUGGUGUUCCUGGUGAAUUAGCAGGAUACUGGGAAGCCCAUCGAAGAUUUGGCAAGUUACCAUGGUCAGAAAUUUUUCAGCCAAGUAUUGAACUUUGUGAAACUGGAUACAAUUUGACUCAAAUUCAGUACGAUGGAUUAUUAGCUAAUAAAAAUAGCAUCCAUAGAGAUCCUACGCUGAAAAAAUGGUUCGUGGAUCCAGAGACUAAUGAAUUCAAGAAAGCAGGCUCUGUCAUAAGACCCGAGGAACUUUGUAGGACUAUGAAAAUAAUAGCAAGAAAGAGUGCAGGAGAGCUAUACAAUGGAACAUUGGGUAAAACAUUGGUCGAGGACCUGAAACAACGCGGUGGUAUUAUCACUAUGAAAGAUUUAAACGAUUACAGAGCAAAAUGGGAAGAUCCGGUUGAAACAAAAUUAUCAAACGGAGAACAAGUGUUCACGGCAGGCUUACCCGGCAGUGGAGCCUUGCUCGCGUUCGCUCUGAACGUUUUAGAUGAAUUCAAAUUCUCAGCGAACAGCCUGGCUGAUGUCAACAGUACCGUCACGACCUAUCACCGAAUUAUAGAGACAUUCAAAUACGCCUACGCCUUCCGAAACAGCUUGGGCGAUCAAGAUUUCGUUAACCUGACGGACAUACUCGGGAAUUUGACGUCGAAAGACUACGCAAGGUCCAUCAGAGAGAAAAUAAAUGACAACAGAACCUGGAAUGAUCCUGGUCAUUACGGCGCCUCUACAGCUGGUGAUUUCGGUGAUCACGGAACAGCACAUAUCUCUGUCUUAGCACCAAACGGCGACGCUGUUUCCGUCACCAGCACAAUAAAUAUCUACUUUGGCAGUGGAAUCGUCAGCCAGAGCACAGGAAUCCUCAUGAACAGUGGAAUGGAUGACUUCGGUAUUCCAUCUCGUUACAGUUACUUCGGUUUACCACCAAGUCCAAAUAAUUAUAUUCAACCUGGAAAGCGAGCUCUUUCGUCCAUGGCACCAACUAUCCUGGUCGAGAAUAACGGUGAGGUUAGGAUGGUAAUCGGUGCUGCCGGAGGUACCAAAAUUACGACUGCUCUAGCCUAUACGAUAGCCAGACAACUCUGGAUGAAUAAUACGAUCAAGCAGGCUGUCGAUGCUGCCAGGAUUCAUCAUCAGUUGUUCCCCAUGAAGAUCAUUUAUGAAUUCGGUGUGCCAGCACAGGUGAUCGAUGGUCUCAAGAAACUGGGUCAUCAAACUGCUCGAUAUAGAAAUCGUGGUAGUGUCGUUUGUGUGCUUGUUCAACAGAAUGGUACUGUUUAUGCAAAUGCCGAUUUCAGAAAAGGUGGUGACGUUUACGGCAUCGACUGAGCAUAAACUUCUAGGAGCCUCCAUAUUGUUCUUCUUCUAAACAUUCUUAUCGCAAAAGAUGUUUUGACUUUUCACCAGACGUCAGACACCCAGCGCACCAAAUUCUCAUAUUUGAUUAGAUAAUAUCAAGUUAUUAACGUGAAGCAAUAGAUACAGCAUUGUGUAAUUUUCGUAGGAAAUAUAAAAUUCACAUCUGA